AAAGAGUAAUUUUUGUAAAAUAAGCAAAUUAAAAAAGAAAAAAGAAUAAGAAAAAGGGUGAUACCCAUUUUCCCUCUUCGUGAUCCAAGCAAGCAUUCCCAAAACUUGAUAAUUUGACGAACCCCAAGUUUAUCGUAGAACAAGAGCAAAGUAGUGUCUCCAAUCCCAUUUGGUUUGUUAGCGUUGAUUGAUCAUGUCAGCCCAGAAACUAAGCGCGAGUGCUUGCAUCUACGUCCGCACUGCCACCACUAAAACCAAACCCCAACCCCUCUUAUGGACCCCUAACAGAACCAUUCACCAAUACAGCCACAGCUACUUCCCUUCCGCCACACCCUCUAAAAAUAAAUUCACAGGGUUCACGUUUCGUAAACCCUCCCAAAAAUUAGGUUUUUUGGGAAGAAGGGCUGGACUUGUCACAGAUUUGGGUUCGCCAGUGCCACCACAACCACAGCCACAGUCACAACCAGAGCCUGAUGAGCCUGAGCCUUCGAAAUUGCUUACCUUGCCAACCAUUUUGACUCUAGGCCGUGUCGCUGCAGUGCCGCUUCUUGUUGCUACUUUUUAUAUGGAUGGUUGGCGAGGAACAACUGCUACUACAAGUAUUUUCAUCGCUGCUGCAGUUACAGAUUGGCUUGAUGGCUAUAUUGCUCGCAAGAUGAAGUUAAAAUCUUCAUUUGGUGCAUUUUUAGAUCCAGUAGCUGACAAGCUUAUGGUUGCUGCGACAUUGGUCUUGUUAUGUACUAGACCUUUGGAUGUUGCUGUAUUUGGACAAGCACCGUGGCUACUCACUAUACCUUCUAUUGCCAUAAUUGGUAGAGAGAUAACCAUGUCUGCAGUCAGGGAAUGGGCUGCUUCCCAAGACAGUAAGCUUUUAGAGGCUGUUGCUGUAAAUAACUUGGGGAAGUGGAAAACAGCCACACAGAUGACAGCAUUAACUAUCCUCCUUGCUACCCGAGACUGGAGUCAUGGAGGAGCUGCCAUUGUAGUAGGCUCUGGUGUUGUUUUGCUUUAUACUUCAGCAGGGCUUGCCAUAUGGUCUUUGGUUGUAUAUAUGAGGAAAAUAUGGAAGGUGUUGUUGAGGUAGCAUGCUUGGAGCUCUAUGUUUUCACAUAAAUCUACUUCUUCUGUGGGUUCGAUUCUCGCCAACAUUUCUUAAACAGUUUGGUUACUGAUGUCACCAAAGGGGGCUGCAUUUUUUGUGGCAUAUAAAUGUAGUUUUUGUUCUCCACACAGCGCAAUUUCUAAUAUUCCUGACAAUUAUCUACACACUUUUUUGGUCCUCAGUCACCCUAGGUAAGAAGAAAAAAAUAAGGGCCACAAGUCAUGUUAAAAAGGUUACAGCAGUUAUUUAGUACUUAAUUACAAUUUGAAGUCAUCGAAAGUUUGCAACAAGAGAAUUCACAACAGGAAUAGUUGUAUGAUCGUGGUUUACUUUUCAAUUAUUUUUGUUCUGAUAUAUUAUUUAACGAUGUAUAAAUACAUUAUUUAAAUUUCAAUGCAUAUAUA